CUCUACCCAGUGGACUGUGAGGAAGGUUUGAAGAAUGCCGCAAGUGAAACUUGUAGUGGUAGGUGACAGAGGGGUUGGAAAAACCAGCUUUCUUAUUUGCGAAACAACCAGAAAUUUUCCAUGCAAUUACGUCCCAACAGUUUUCGACAAUUAUGCGGCAAAUAUUAUGGUCCGUGGGUUUCCAUUCACGGUAUCACUCUGCAAUACAGCAGGCCAAGAGGAUUACGAUCAUCUGAGACCGCUGUCGUACCCCGAAACAGAUGUAUUCGUUGUGUGUUUCGAUGUGGCAAGUCGAAGUUCUUUUCAGAGCGUGUCACAGAAAUGGGUUCCAGAGGUUCGCCAUUUUGUUCCAGAAGCGGUAGUUCUGCUCUUGGGGACCAAGACGGAUCUUCGUAGUGCCAAGUAAGUUAAAAGAAAAAGAAACUUACUAAUGCUUUUCCCAUGUAGUGGGUAUUGGGGUUGGUAGAAGGUCUAUACAGUUUUGUUCAUCUUUUGACGUUAACCAGUAGUCAAAAACUAGAAAAGCGCCUCACGGUCAGUGAUGUUGCCAAGUUUGAGAGUAGUGACAGGUUGAAACGAGUCGCGAAAAUUAUUUUAUAGACGUUUGUAUGGUGGUGGGUAAGUUGGUGCCCCAACCUGGUCAGAGGGAACUGGCUCAAUGUUUGUUGAAUAUGUGCUGCUGGCUUCUCACAACCCCUACCCCAUUAUAGUGUGCCAAUUAUAUAUAGACCCUGUCUUGGUCACUUUAGCACAAAUGUAAUUUUUGCAAUCCCAACUUAUUCACUUUCGCUUAGUCACUUUCUGUCACUUAUUUAACUUUGAACCUUCCCGUGUGUAAAUCAAUACCUUCCAGUAUUUUCUUGCUCCCAAAAUUCCCGAAAACUUGCAACCCCAUUCUAGUAACUCUAUUGAAAAUGUAACAUCCCCAUUAAACUAUUAUAUUGCAGUGGAACCUCUCCUUUGGGACACCUCUGUUCAAGGGACACCCCCAUUAUUAAAGGGGACAGUAAUCUGGUCCCGAAAAAAAUGUAUGUUCAUAUAAUAUAAUCCUUGUAUUUGUUUCCUCUAUUGAAGGGACAGUCCUACAAUGGAGGACAAAAAUUAUAGAAUUUGGGACUGGGUGAAAAAGCCCUUCCAAGUGAUUGUUACGUAGGACUCUGCUGCUAAUGACAAUUUUUUUUAUCUUCUUUGGGUUCAUCCUGUCGUCCCUCCACUCCCCCCCAGCAAUGUUGUGGGCAGAAAAAGCAGUCAUUCCACCCAUUUGCUCAAAAUUCAACUUUGUUUGGGGUGGGAGGGAAGAGGUCGCUAGUUUUACUUAUACCACUGAAAAGGUGGCAACACUUUUGACCUCCACUGUAGCCUCUACUGAAGGAAAGGGACAUUUUUUCUGCGACCCAAAACACGGAUUCAACCUCCAUUCAGAGCACACCUAAGCACUCAAAAGGUAACUGAGGUUCUACAAGGAACUCCUCUCAGGAACUUUGUGGCUUUGUAGAAUUAUACAUUUAUCUUCCCUUGCUUCAGAAUAAUUCUUGCGAGUGACCAUCUCUUGUAAGUGGUUACCAACUCUUCACAUUUUUGGUGGUCGCUUACAUGAGGUUUAACUGUUGUUUUUUCCCUUUCAUGCAGUAACAUAUCUGAUGAUGGGCCCAUCGUGACAAUGAGAGAAGGACAGGAUCUUGCAGCAUCUCUUGAUAUUGCAUAUGCAGAAUGCAGUUCUCUGUUAAAUGAUGGUGUUCAUCAAGCCCUCAACACUGCUGUUGAGUUGACCGUUUUGUUCCAAAGACAAGUUAAUUCAAGGAAAGGAUUUUUAAGGAGUAAAAGCAGAAGAUGCAAAUCAGCAAAUGAACAAGAACCAGUUCCUCCUGUUCUUCCUCCAGGUACUGUUAAUCCUGGGAGAGACUGCGAGUUACUCUGAAAUGAAGGUCAUGGGGAGGUGCAAGGGAUACUUUUCAGCUUGAAAUUCACAAUUUUAAGGUUCUUGUGGUAAUAAAAUGUAAUUUUGUUACUUCUUUUCUCAACAAUGUUGGGAGUCUUUGGCCAACAAUGUUGCCUCCGUUUGCACAGGGCUUAAUGCUGAUGGUACUCAGCUUUAAGUGUGUCAAUAUCCCCCUAUAAGACAGAUGUUGCUUUCAAGUCAAUGUCUCAUUAAUUUUCAUCUAUCAGGAAAAGGACUUACAGUCUGAUAGUGAUACUGUGAUUAGCAUAAAGUGUUUUCAGUAGUGUAUUUUUGUGGAUUUGCAGGGUUUUUUUGGGCAAACAAAUUUUUCUGAUUCGAACACACAUGUCCAAUAUACACAAACGGAUACAAUUCGUCAAACUGAUGGUCCAUUGGUACCAAUGGUAGGAUUGGUACCAAUAGAAAAGGAUGUCAUUCCAAUGGUUCUGUUGGUGAAUAUGCAUCUCAUUAAGGGGACUUUGAUUAUUUUCCCAUGUGACCUGGCUGGGUACAGGGCAAUUCGGAUGGUCCAUUGGUACCAAUGGUACGAUUGGUACCAAUGGAAAAGCACCCUAUUCGAAUGGUUCUAUUGGUGAAUAUGCAUCUCAUUAAGGGGACUUAGAUUAUAUUCUGAUCAUGAAUGUAUUGGUAUCUAUACUGGAGUAAAUUUUUAUUAUAUUGUAUUUGUAGGUUUUGCACCCGAUGUUGAAGUGCUUACUUCAUCAUUUGCAAGUGAGUGGCACACUAUGAUGUCUGACAGUAGCACAGCAGAUGUCACAUUUAUUUUUUCUGAUGGCCAAACAGUGGAAGCACAUAAAACUGUUCUAACUUCUGCAUCCUCUAUUUUCAAGAAUAUUUUUCUGGAUAAAGUGACUCCAAGCCAUGAAACGUAUGGUGAAAUAUUUGAGGAAAUAUCAUGGGUUUGCAAAAGAGACAACAGCUGUCCAAAUCUUAUCCACAUGAAAGAGCAUUGCCAGGGUGUAGGGAAGACAGUUAUAAGGUUGCAUGAGAGUAUUUUAAAGAAUGUUUUUAUGGAGCUAUUGACGUUCCUUUACACUGGAUCACCAGACAUUUCUAAAGAUGAAGACAUAAACUUUGUGAAAGAAAUCCAGUCUCUAGCUAUUAAAUUUCAGUUGAGCUGGUUGGCAGAGUACUGCUCAAAUAUUCUUGAAGGAGAAUCAUAUUUGAAUCCGAGUAUUGGCACGUGGAUUAAUGACAACACAGGGAGUGCUGCAAAGAAGCUGUUUCUCAACAAGUCAUUACAAGCUGAUGUCAAGUUCCGUGUUGAAGGCAGUGUGGUUUAUGGACACAGGGUUAUAUUGAAAGCAAGAUCAGAGGUCAUGGCAGCCAUGUUGGGUGGAGCAUUCAUUGAGAGUGAUUUGGACACAGAGGUAAUAAUAUUUAAACACAAUGUGGGAAUAAUACUUUGGGUCAUGAUGUCCUUGUAAUAAACAAUAAUAAACAGAGGUGGAUCCAGGAGUUUCGGGUGGGGGGUCAAACUUUCGUUCAGAAAGUGAAAUUGUUGAACUUUUUUUGUGGCAAAUUACUUCUCCCACACACAUCCCACAUCCUCUCCCACCAGUUGCGGUUAAACAUUAUAAUAAGGGGCCAAGGAAUUAUUCCUUGGCCCUUUAUCGCGUACUUGAAUUCUACUCGUAAAGGAUGCACCCUUGGAACAUACUCUUCUUGCGCUUGGUAACAACGAUUGAGAGUCCUGAGCAGAGGCGAAUAGAUCAUAGGAGGGUUCCCAAAAACAUUAUUACAUUUUUUAAUAUCCCUGGAAUUUAGUUUAAGUGGCAAAAUGCAAUGCGCAUUUCAUUAAAAAAAUUAGCCAGUUAAAAAGUGAUAUACAAUCCUGUGGAUGUAAGAACUUCAGUCUCAAACAAGCGUCAGGUCUGAUAGGGGGUCCAGACUCUCCGGACCGUCCCCCUGGAUCUGGCACUGAUAAGGACAAGCUUUAUAUGUGAAAGUCAUUACUGUAAUUAUAUAGAUUGAUAUAAUCUAUGAAAUGCAACAUCUUAUUAAACAUGCUGAUAGUUAGAAGCGAAAUAGUGCUUAUAAGAGUUCUGACAAAAUUGUUUAAGCACGCCAGUUAUCAGAGGUUAUGUUGUGAAUUAGUUGGUCUGUGGAACUGCAAGUUUACUGAAGAUGUAAUAAACUGCACAUUGACAAUUAAAUUGGUCAUUCCUUUGACAGAUCAAGAUUGUGGACACAUCCCUUGAAAGUUUCUUGGCCUUACUGGAGUAUCUUUACACUGAUCAUGCCCCGAUAGAAGAGGGUGAUUCUGUGGAAAUAAUGGUUUUAGCUGACAGAUUCUGUCUGCCAAGGUUGGUGACUUUAUGUGAGCUUUACAUCACUAAAAAAGUGGAUGCCACAAUACAAAAGAGGGUGGCUGAUGGCACGAGUGAUGUCAUAAACCUCCUACUUACAUCUCAGGUAAGAUCAACUUUCCUUUACUUAAAACAUUUAUUGUAGAAGAUAGGCUUAUAAGUGGCUUACUCUGCUUUACAAACAUGCUCCCCUAAUACUUGCCAGAUGAAGAAGCUACUUAAGGCUAUUUGCUCUUCAACUGGACUUUCUGAAAUGCCCUUGAUAUUUAUUUACCAUUACAGCAACCCUUCAUAUAUGAACCCAUCAUUAUUGUUAUCAAUGUUAUGAUUCGACAAAGUUUGAUGUCCAUUUCAAAGAAAUUUUGAAAACAAGUCUACAUUCACCCUUGGAAUUGGUGUGUGUGUGUGUUGGGAGGGGGGGAUGUGGCUAGUCCAUAAUGAAUUAUCCUUUCAGGGGAACUGUAACUGUCAUUCCAGUUUAAGACAUGUGACAACCUCUCCAGUGCAAUGCCAUACAAAACCAAAAUUACCCAGAACAAUAAUAUUACCUAAAGACUUUAUUUUACCACAACUACCAGUCAGAAUUCUUCAUUUUGUUGUUUUCUUGAUGGGCAAAUUUGGGCUAGUGCUUUUUAAACCUCACGGCUGGGCCGGGAUUGACAGAUUUAAAUAAGAAAGCAAGAACAAAAUAAUUCUGGUAGGAUUGUUGUGCUUCGUACCAAGCCAAUAUUAUUAGGGAUUUGAAUUGAUAUCUCAACACCAAUUAUUUGAAACAACUGAAUGAUUUUUGGCAUUGAGGCCUUUUUAAUCUUGCUCCCUCGGGAUAUCUUGCAACAGUUCCCAUAAUUUCACAAAUUCUAAUAUUCAGUAUGGCACUAGCCUUACUCUAUUGCUGUUUCAGUACUUAUUGAGCAUUAGUGGCACAGCAUUAAUUUGAACUGACCUAAGUGUACAUUGAGUAUUUCAGUGUAUGCAAACUAAAAUUAUGACUGUGAUUUUUGUUUUCAGGCUCACAAUGCAAAGCAGUUAUCCAGAUGGUGUCUUCAUUUUAUUGCAACAAAUUUCUCAGUGUUUGAGUCAACUGAAGAAUUUGAUCUUGUACAAGGAGAUAACAGAGACUAUGUCACUGAACAUAUUUGGCCGCCAUUAUCCUAUCUUAAAGCACAAGAAGAAUAUGAGAAGAAAGUCAAGUCUUCUAAGUUUAAUUCUUCUAAGUUCAAUUCUUGUAAGUGCAAUAUAAUGUGAAAUGAUUAGGCAUAAGUUGAUUAAGUUUAUAGUACACUUCCUUGUGCAGGGAUUUUGAUUCACAUUAAUUUUAAAAAACAACUCUGUUUCUGUAAAUAGCCAUACAUUUUUACACUUUCAAUCCAGGUCAUCUGUACUAUCCACAGUAACAGACAACAGGAAACAGUUUCCGUGGCCUAAAUACAGUCUUAAAUAACAAAACUAGACCGUUAUCUUUGGAAUUUAUUUGAUGUGAAGACACGUUUUAGCUUUUUGAAAA